AUCAAGUGUUUUGAGAUCACUCCUGUGAAAACUAUCAUAACUCUUGCUGUUACCAUACCAGAACUGUUACUGACCACAGCUGCAGCUGUAACCAGACGGAAAUGAGUUGCCUUCAUGCUUGCUUCAGAGACAGAGAUCCUCACGCAGAGACAGAAGCUAUGAAAAGGCAAAACUCUGGUCAGGAGGACGAGAUUAUUGAAUUACAAGAAGAUAAUGUGGAGGAAAGUGAGGCUGAUCGUGACAAGCCUCUAAAUACUCAAACAAGAAAGGAGAGAGAGCACUGGAAAUCAUGCAGGACUGUAGUUUUCUGGAAGUGUAAACUAUGGAUGGUUAUUACUACAAUUUUUCUACUGUUCUUCCUGGUCAUUCUUAUCAGCUUAAUUCUUUAUUCCAAUUUUUACACAGAUGAAGAUGACUAUUGGUAUCCUGAGGCACUACUAGAUUGUCGCAAUUUUUCGGGAACAUUGGAAUUAAUGUGUGGCCUUCCACACCUUUUCUUUGAUGACAUUACUAAGAAGUUAACAGAUGUCUACAGUUCAUCUCCGGCCCUAGGACGCUACUUUAGGUCAGCUCAGGUGGUUUAUUUCAGUAAUGAAACCUCCACUGUAUUUUAUCAGCUAGAGUUUUCUGUGCCACCAUCAACAGAGGGGUUUAUGGAAAACACAAUGGACCCAGAUUUUAUAAGGAAUGUUUUGCGUCAAAAUAUUUAUGAUGAGGAUGAAGCAUUUGAUCCUGGAACCUCUGAGUGUGACAAGUUGAAGCUUGACCCGACUUCUCUCACAUUAACAUCCAUCUCAGACCUCAAAGUGGAGGCUAAGCCCCUACCUAGUCCAGACAACGCUGAAGACUCUGAGAAUGUGGUGAAGAUAAGCUGCUCAGCAACAGGGAAACCAGCUCCAAAAAUCACUGGGCACCUUCCCAACAUCCUGCAGCAGAAACCAAGGGAGUACCACGUCAAGUCUGGCAACCACUCUGUGACUGUUUAG